AUGAAUCCAAUCGCAACAGCGACUAUACCUAUUAUCCCUCCUGUUGCUACAUCUAACUUGCUAGUCGGGCUGCCACAUGUAGCAGCUCCUGGAGCCCUGCCUUCCGUAACUCCAGCUGUUGUUAUGCCCCAAGCUGUUGCACACAUGCCAGAAUCUGUUGGACAACCAAAUAAUACUAUAUACAUAAACAAUCUGAAUGAGAAGAUAAAACGUGAUGAAUUGAAAAAAUCCUUAUACGCAGUUUUUGUUCAAUUUGGCCAGAUACUGGACAUUAUUACAUCACGAACACUAAAAAUGCGCGGUCAGGCCUUUGUUGUCUUUGAUGAUAUCAAUAGUGCAUCCACAGCGCUUCGGGCAAUGCAAGGUUUCCCAUUAUAUGAAAAACCCAUGCGAAUACACUUUGCCAAGGUUGAUUCAGACGUCAUUGCUAAACGCAAGGGUACUUUUGUACAACGACCGAAAGCUGCAUCAAGAGCAGCGGCGGCGGCAGCAGCGGCUGCAGCCGCUGAAGCGGCAGCUUCUGCUGCGGCAAUUAACUCAGCUGGUCCACAAGGGGGUACUAGUGCAAGAGCUAUUCGUAGAAGACAACAAAGAGCUGCCGCAGCUGCUGCCGCCGCCGCUGCAGCUUCGGUCUCAGCUGGCAAUGAUACUGCCAACGAAGUGAAUUCUAAUGGUGUCGAUCAAACUAGUAGUUAUCGUCCCCCUCCACCACCACCGGCUGUGAAUCCAGCUACUAUCCCAGACCAACCACCCAAUAAGAUCUUAUUCUUAACCAACUUACCAGAUGAUUCUGAUGAAGCAAUGCUUAGCAUGCUUUUUGGACAGUUCACUGGUUAUCGAGAAGUUCGCAUGGUUCCAGGAAGACACGAUAUUGCUUUUGUCGAGUUCGUUAAUGAAGUAGAGGCAUCAGCUGCAAAACUUGGCCUUCAAGGUUUUAAUAUUCGACCCGGUCAAGCUAUACGUAUUACUUUUGCUAAGAAAUAA